AUGAAUGGUACUAAAGCUGGUUACUUGUUUAAGGACCACGGCGAAGAAAUCGUCAUCAUCAUGAAGAUGCUCGUCGUGUUCGCAUUCGUGUGCCUCGUCGCACUGACCUCUGCCACCAAGCCUCAACCCACGGUCGAGGAGGCGAUUGAGAUGCUCGACACCUGGGCAGAUUGCUUGACCUGUGUCGGCCUGGAAUGUGCCCUGAGCUGUGGCUUCAGCUGUGCCAGUGGCAACAUCAUCGGCUGUGUCGACUGCGUCUACAACGACUGCUACGACUGCUGGAUUCGUUGCGACGAACUCAUCGGCAUGCAGCAAAAGUUCUUGUGAAUCAGCAGUUUCCAACAAAGUAAAAAAUAAAUAAAAGCUUCAAUUCAUCUCACUUGAAACCAUCGGGACUCAAUUUCAAAUUUUUUCAAAGCAUAUGGAGUAAGUUCUGAGGGAAUUCUGUAUGCUACUUGUUUCGUUUUUGACGGAUUUUCCUGCUAGAUUGCCUUUGUUGAAUCAAUUUUUACGAAAUGCAGUAGAUAAAACCUCGUUUUCAAAUACC